CGCCCUGACAUCAUACGGCUAACAUGAAGCUUCUCCUGUUCACGAUUGUGGUUUGCUUCGCGGCAGCUCUAGCAGUGCCAACUGAUAAGCAAAAGAGGGACAUCCUACCGGGCGAUCCACGUUACGGAACCGAGCACGAUCAUCAUCACGGGAACGAAAAUGAGGUACAACCUCAGCAAACCUAUGGACCACCUAGCCACGUACCCGGCAAGCCUUUGGGAACUGAUUUCUUCGCAACCAGUGAUGCUGACAAAACUCCUUCCGUCCUCGUGCCAGCUACCUCCUACGGAAUACCCGAUACUACUCAGAUUUUUACCAAUCUUCUUGGAUCCGUUGAUGACAAAAACUCUGCUGCUAUAAAGACGACCAUCCAGGAACAUCCGAAAUUCGACAUUGUGCAUGUGCAGAAAACCGCAAUUCCAGAGCACCCAACGGGUGUUCACAAGCACGUGGAAACCGCUUCGCAAACUGUCUCCCUUCCGCAAGUGAAGGUGACGACUUCUCAUUUGCCCACUGAGACCCAAGGCGUGUCCUCCUUAUUUUCCUCUAUCAACACUUUCCCCAGCUAUGCCUCGUACUCUUCGUACAACAACAUACCCCUGAAAACCGUGGAUCACCAUCUGCAAGUGCAAGUACCUCACCCGUAUCAAGUACCGGUGACCAAGCACGUCCCUGUUCCCGUUGCAAUCCCGCACACCGUCGAGAUUCCUAAACCCUACUACGUUCGCGUGCCCCAGCCUGUUCAGGUCACCGUAGAUCGUCCGUACCCCGUGGAAAUACCCCGUCCGGUACCGUACCCCGUUCACCAUUACGUAAAAACCAGUGUGCCAGUUGCUCAUCCAGUUGCUCAUGCAGUUGCUCAUCCAGUUGCUCAUCCAAUUGUUCAUCCAAUUGCUCAUCACGUGACGGUGGAUACCAAGGCUAAUCCAGUACAGACCUUCUUUGACAAUUCCCAGUUGACGUUCCAAAACGUGCUGUCAAACCUACCGACUUUCUCAAGUCCUCUGGAAGGCUUCCAGAAUCCGUUCGAGAACUUCGAGUUACCCAGUCUGCCUUUCGUACCGCCCUCUUUUCCGUCUUUACCCUCAGUUCCGUUCCUACCUCAGCAACCCGCCCCGGUUAGCGUGCCCUCUUCGAUCAGCAGCGACUCGGUUACAGUUGACAAUCCAGCGCUGAAGGUUGAAACCAUCACGGUCAAGCCGUUCAAACCCGCCGUCGUGCAACCGAGCAAACAAGCAUACAAGCCCUCCACCGCGUGUGCUGGAUGUAUUGUUUCUUCUGCCACAAGCAACAAACAAGAAUAUGUGCAACCCACCGAUGCCAAUGGUGGUUACGUAUACUAGAAUGUUUAUCUUGUAAUGAACGUUGAAUAAGCUACUGGAAUUUCUUAGUAGAGAUACAUAAUUACACGAAAGAUUACUCAACGACGACUUAUCCCUGAAGUGUCAAAUCGAUCGGAAAGUUCGCUUGUGCUUUUUCUUUUAUAAUAGAUUAUUUUGAUUGAUACUUAACUUCAUAAGUAAAAGAAAAAUACUUGAAAACUUGCACUAGUUACUUUCCUGAUGAUACUCAUAUCUUCGAUUGAAUCGAAGCUAUUGGGAAAGUCUUUCUUUUCCUAGGUACCAACUAGAGAUACUAUUAAAA